AAAAAUGCUCCGAUUUCUUCUAGCAACUUGUGCAGUUGUUGGAGUUGCAAACGCAAUUUAUUGCAACUCCUGCGAUGAUUUUGUGUCCUGUGGAAGUCCAAUUACUCAACACUGCCCGAGACAUUCCGGGUGUUAUACAAUGACCACAAAUUUUGGACAAACAGUAAUCUCCAAAGGAUGUGCACAUGACUGUCAAAAUCUGCCACCACGCGAAGGCGCCCACUGCCUAUUGUGCAAAGGAUUAGAUUUCUGUAAUAGUCCACAAACCGAAAUCGGACAGGGAACCAUCAUGAGACAGCAACCACCACCACCACAGAUUGGUGGAGGCGCUGUUCCAGACAAUGGCUACCACAUUGGUCACGGAGUCCGGCCACGUUCGGCAACUCAAGCUUCCGUUGGAUUGCUUAUGGCUCUUCCAGUAAUCCGCGGUUUUGUGUUUUAAUUUAUAUGUUUUAUGCUCCGAAAUUUAUCAGUUUCAUGGGUUUUCUGUCCACUUUCUUAUCCAAAAACUUCAAUUUAUAUCGAAAAUGAAUAAAACAUCGAAAAUUGAAU